GACCGCUACUUACUGUCUGCUUGAAGAGUAACUUGUGGCAUCCGAAAACAUGACUAAAUUGACAGAAUGGAUCAUCAUUGCUGGAGUAGCCCUUUCGCUCUGGAUUACCCCAUUAACAGAUAUCCUACCGCUUAAAGUAUCCUACAAAGCCAAGGAAGUAAUAUGGCCGAUGCCAAUUUAUGCUCUAAUUGUAUUUGGGUGUUAUUCUUUGGCAACUAUUGGAUAUCGAGUAGCAACUUUCAAUGAUUGUGUAGAAGCCUCUGAAUCUUUAAAACAGGAGAUAAAUGAUGCAAGACAGGACUUGUCAAAAAAAGGAUUCAAGUUUGACUGAAGAUAUCAGCAGAAAGAAAUAAAAAAUUCCUACAUUUAGCUAGAAAUUUAUUAGGAUUUUAACUUCUGGAAACUUUAACUAUAUGAAACAUGUUAAAUAACUUUCCCUUGUUGACCCUUUAUAUUCUUGCAUCAAUAUGUAUUUACUCCAUACUACCUCCUACACAUUUCCUAUGUUACUGACAAGGAGAAUUUGUGCAACAAUCAACAGCUUCUUUUGUUGGUGAUCAUUUCUGUUAUUCUUAUGACUGUAAUGUUUGAUUCAGGUGUGAUAUUGUGAGGAGAAAUUAGAUGCUAGUCUCUCUGUGGGGCCAAAGAGCUACUGUGCUCAUAUUCAUUUGGUAACUGUGCCUCAGUCCAGUUAGAAAGAAAAAUCAGUCUAAAAACUGUCUAUCUUGUAAAUUAUAUCAUUGAUGACUAUAGGAAUGUGGAAAAUAAAUUCUUAAUAUUUUGGAUA